AUGCAAUUCGAAGUAGUACUGCUUUCAGGCAUAUCCAUCGGGUCUGCCGUGAAACUCGUGUUCGAAGUGCUCUUUGGUACACCGUUCGGCUCCGCGGCGUUUCAUACGUUCUUUUACGCAAUGUUGAUCGCCUGGAAUGGCUUUGAUAAAGAUUAUACUUCCACAUCUGACCCGACGAAUAUGCUCAUCCCUCAUGUACGGGCGCGCGAAACCCUUUCCACAACGAUGGCAACGAGCCUUAACCUUCCGCUCAUGUACCUCCUUCACAUGUCGAGUAAGUCCGUCCUCCUGGUCCAAAGAUGGACCGUAGGGUUCCGGCUGUGGCACGAAGAAGAAGUUCUCCUGGAUUUCCUCGCGAACAUUUGUCCUGUCAUGGUUGGUAGUGGUGAUCUGUAUAAAUCCACGCCUUACCUCGUGUUGCAAAUUAGGAUCACUGGAUGGGGAAUUGUCACCUGCGAGGUUUUCGAUCCCGAUCACGCCAGUGACGUCCUCCCGACUUUCAUCAACCGAAAUUUAAACUCAUACUUCAUAAUGCCGACAAGUGCAGCCCUGCAAGAUAUGCCAAAGAAACGAUCAGAGCUUUCAGUUGAUUUAUUGGUAUCGCCCAUUCCAAAUCGGCGGACGUCGGUCGCCAGAGUCUGA